CCCGCACCCACCUUUUGCACCACAAGGGGCCCGAAUGUUCACCUGCCGCCCACACCUGAGAGAGCAGCGGGACCAGCCUCAACACUAGAAAAUGCACCGCCCUCACUCAAGACGUAUACUAAGGACUGAUGGACGCUUCCCUUUCUAGAGCUUAGGACAAAAAUCGACUUCUCACACUCAGCCUCGAAAGCCUCGCUCAACGAUAGCACUCGCCACGUUCAGAAGCGACGCGGACUAUUCGAAGCCGACCUAAGAAGCCUACUUGGGCAUGCGCAGACUCGUCGGCGCGGUGGGCGUGGCCCCCUUCGGGCCGCCCCGUCUCCUCUCUUCGCGUCCCGCCCUCCGCCCCGUCUCCGCAUGCGCAACUGGCCCGGGGGUGGAGCUGCUACAUCCGGGCGUCUGGCGGCCUGUGGGUGUUUUGUUUUCUUGGCCGAAAGUCGGGGAAAGUGAGGCUGUCCGGCACUGCACGACCCGGGGAUCCGGACCUACUGCACCCGCGGGGCUGGACUAACCUACAAAGAUGUCUGGAUUUCUAGAAGGUUUGAGAUGCUCGGAAUGCAUUGAUUGGGGGGAGAAACGAAAUACUAUUGCUUCUGUUGCUGCCGGUGUUCUGUUUUUCACAGGCUGGUGGAUUAUCAUAGAUGCAGCUGUUAUUUAUCCCACCAUGGAAGAGUUCAACCACUCUUACCAUGCCUGUGGUGUGAUAGCAACCAUCGCCUUCCUGAUGAUUAACGCAGUAUCGAACGGACAAGUCCGGGGUGAUAGCUACAGUGAAGGUUGUCUUGGUCAAACAGGUGCUCGCAUUUGGCUGUUCCUGGGUUUCAUGCUGGCCUUCGGCUCUCUGAUCGCAUCUAUGUGGAUCCUCUUUGGAGGUUAUGUUGCUAAAGAGAAACCCAUAGUAUAUCCUGGAAUUGCUGUAUUUUUCCAGAAUGCCUUCAUAUUUUUUGGAGGACUGGUUUUUAAGUUUGGCCGCACAGAAGACUUGUGGCAGUGAAGCGCCGGUUCCUGCUGCUCGCAGCCCUGCGUGGGUGUCUUUACCGCUCACUCCCAGUAUUUUGUAAAGCCGUUUUCUAAACUUAUUUCUGAGUGUGGCCUCAGCUUCGAGUUGCACAAUGCUAAAAUCAUGAGAGCUCCCCAUGGAAAGCGUGUCAGCAGCCACGUCCCCCUGGUCUAAAUGCACUGGGUCCACGUCCACAGCGCCCAAGGACACUGCCUCUCCUGAGCAACUUCUGCCAGGUUCUAUCAUGGUCUGAUUCGUAAAAUUCAAGUAAGUUACAAAAGAAAUUAUGGAUUUACGAAUAUAAGGAUUUUGAUUUGAGGUCCAAAACUAGAAUGAAAGUGAUCUGAAGACUUAAUGUGGUUAUUUAAGUGUGGCCUCUUCUGUGUCAGGUCUCAAAUAUAAACAUUUCUUGUUUUUUCAAAACUACUCAAUGGUCAGAAUUCUUUUAUAUUAUACUUUGGUUUUGGUUUACACAGUUUUACCAAAAAUUUCUGUCCACAUUUCUGCAUAAGUAGCACCUGAGGGUCUCCCACUGGGGAGUGAUCCGGCCACCAGGCUCCCCGUGUCCCUUCUGAGAGGCUCUCUUCCACUGUGCCAAGGCUCGGGAGGAAGGAAGAGGGAACUCAGCCAGGUCCCAGGGCCCUGAAUACUGAUGUUCACAUUUACUACUGAGGGAAAGGAAAAGGAGAGGGACUUGACACCUACUCUCAGGUGACACAGUUUCUUUAUUGUUCUGAUAAUAAAUUGGAUUCUGUUUCAUUUUA